AGAUGUCGGGCCUGGCGCCGAUGCUGGACUACGGCUCCGAGAUGGACCGGUACCGCUCGUCCAUCGCCAGCUUCUACAAGACCAACGUCAACAUGAACAUGAACGUCUCCAACUUCCCUCAGUCCUCCAAGCUGGCGGCGCGCCUGGCGGCCGCCGGCCCCAUCUUCCCCCCCGCCGCCGCCGCCGCCGCCAGGCUGGGCGCCAUGGCGACGGCACCCUGGGGUUGCCACGACACGAACAUGAACGUGAACCACCCGGCGGCCGUGUUCUGGGGCCGGCCCAAACCCGCCCCCGCGCACCCCCACCACCACGCCGCCGGACACAUGGCGCCGUCGCACCACAGCGCCAGCGUGCACCAGGGCGGCAGGGGGCCGGGAGGCGGGGGAGGGGGCGGCGCCGAGGGGGGGGGCGGGGAGAAACUGGCGCACACGGCCUCCUCGCAGGGCGCGGCGCACCACCACCCCCCCAACGGGAACUUCCUGCAGACGUACGGCGGCGCGGCGGACUGCGGCGGCGUGGGCAAGCAGGGCCACGCCCACGCGGACAUGAUGGGCCUAUCGGAGGCCGGCAGCUGCAACGGGGGAGGGGUGAUGGGCGGAGGCUUCCUGGGGGGGCUGGGACUACCCCCGGGGGUCAUCGUCAUGGCGAUGGGGUCGGCCGACGCCGGCAGCGCCUUCCAGAUGACGGGCGGCCAGCGGGCGCUCACGGACUGCCAGCAGCACGCUAACUCCUCCCCCUGCCCCUCCGCCGCCUCGCCCUCGUCGUCCGGGGUGACGGCCCCCGGGGGCGUGGCCCUGUCGUCGUCGUCGUCGGGCGCGGUUGCCAAGCGGAAGAGGAAGCGGUGUGGCGUGUGCGGGCCGUGCCGGCGGCUCAUCAACUGCGGCGUGUGCUCGUCGUGCCGCAACAGGAAGACGGGUCACCAGAUCUGCAAGUUCAGGAAGUGUGAGGAGCUGAAGAAGAAGCCGGGG